UUUCUCUUCGUAUUUCCCCACUCUCUGGUUCCUUCAAUAAUACAAGCAUCCGACUGAAAUAUAGUAGCCAUGGCUGAUCUGAACUUAAGCAUGAAGCUUCUGAUAGACCGCAAAGGCCGCAGGGUCCUGUUUGCCGAAGCAGGUAAAGAUGCUGUUGAUUUUCUAUUCAGCAUUCUUUCAUUGCCUCUUGGUAGUGUCGCAAGUUGUCAAAAUCCGGUGUGGAGCAUUGGGAAUCUGUACCAGAGCAUUGAAGAUUUGAGGGAUCUGCGUAUGAUUCCCAACAAAAACAUCGACUCUCUUGUGCAGCUAGUAAGAGUGGAAGAACCUACUACUACUAAUUCGCCUCCAUUUUUACUGCGUACUGCUGUUCAAUCAUCACCAAUCGAGAAACCUUACUAUAAGUGUGAUGACUCCCGUUACGGUAUUUGUCGUACGUAUGUGACUCUUGACCCCAAAUUCCCUUGUCCGUAUUGCUCGGCGACGAUGUCCUGUCCCCUGACCCUUGUUGGGUGGUCGUCGCCGUCGUCUUCUUCUUCUUCUUCUUCUGUUGAGGGUGGUUUUGUGCAGGCGGGUGUGACCUACAUGAUAACGGAUGAUCUGUUGGUGAAGCCUAUGUCUACUCUUUCUACCGUUACUUUGAUUAGCAGGUUGAAUCUCAAAGAAGUGGGUGUUAUUGAAGAGAAGACGGUCAAUCUCACCAUUGAUAAUGUUAGGAACUUGCUGAGGGCCUCAUUGGAGACUAAGAAUGCGCUAACAACUAUUUUCUUUGAAGAAUAGGUGGUGGUGAAAGAGGAGAAUCCAGUAGGGUUUAGUGAAGCCAAUUAGAAUCGGUAAAACUUUGAAUAGGAAAUGCAAGGUUGGAAAUUUUGUUAAAUCUUUCUUGGCUGCAGUGAUUUGUAUGUGUUUGUUGGAAGAUCUCAGUAAUGUUUAGUUGUUUUUUGAAUGCAAGCUCACAUGUAUUAUUAUUUUGGUAUGAAUUUGAAUAGAACAUCUAGUUACUGUCAGUUUCUGUCUCUGCAUCCUUAAACAAGGUGAAAUUUUUUAGUUAAGAAACAUCUAACAAAACAGAGCAUCCACCAAUUACCCUGCAAAUUUAAUGAACACUCAAUUCACAGAAUGAAAAUGCAACAUAUAGUGCCAUCUGAGGUUUGAUUUGUGUAGGAGUGUAUUUUUGUGUAA